UAGCGAGGUUAAUGGAACAUCUAAUUGAUUAUGAUGAUAAUGUAGAGAAUCAUUUAGUGGAUUUUGAAGAUGAUGAUACAGAUACUGACGACUAUAAUAUAGUUGUUAAUAAUGCAGUGUUAAAAGUUAGGCAUUUAUUUAAUGACUGGAAUCACGUUCAUGCUAUU